AGUUCCCAGGUUCAACACCCCCCGCCCCCCCUCUCUCUCUCUCUCUCUCUUCCAAGAUGGUCUUCGCCGCGGCCGCGGCCUCUGCUUCCCCUGGUAACGCCGCCGGCGGCGGACGCUACCGGCAGCACCCCCCAUACAAGGAGAUGAUUCUGAACGCGAUCGGGACGCUGAAAGAGAGGGGAGGGUCGAGCCGGCGAGCGAUAUCGAAGUUCAUCGGAGACACCUACUCCGACCUGCCGCCGACCCACUCCGCCCUCCUGGGCCACCACCUCCGUCGCCUCAAGAUCAAGGGAGUCCUCCGCAUGGUAAAGAACUCCUAUAAGCUCUCCGCCACUGCCAAGCCUGUGAAUCCGAACGCCAGCCCCGCCCCCGCCCCGAGACCCCGUGGCCGUCCCCCAAAAAUGCUCCCCGUCCCUCCGCCUAAGCUGAAGCCCAAGCCCAAGCCCAAAGCCGCGCCGACGCCCGUGAAGAGGAAGCCGGGCCGGCCCCCGAAGGCGGCCAAAGUGGCUUCGCCGAUGGCGGGGGAGAAGAAGAAGCGCGGCCGGCCGCCCAAGUCGGCCAUGCCAUCGGUCUUGCCCAAACGCUCGAAGCCUGACAAAGCGCCCGCAGCUGCUGCACGAGCUGCUCCAGAUGGGAAAAGGAAGCCCGGUCGGCCGCGCAAAAACACGGCGGCGGCGGCCGCUGUGCCGAAUGACAAUGCCUCCGCUGCCGCUCCAUCUGGUGAGAAGCAGAAGAGGGGUCGGGGUCGGCCAAAGAAGGCGGCAGCGCCACCCUUGCCGAAGCCGGCCGAGCGGUCUCAAGAGAAGGCAGCUGGGGGGAACGAGGCAGCGGUGCCUGUUGUCAAAAGACGUGGCCGGCCUCCGAAGAAGAGUAAUGUGGCUGCUGCAGCUGAGCCGGGGAGAGGGCAAGCGGCAACGGGGGAGACACAGGAGAGUGCCCCAGAAGCGUCUCUGCUUCCAGUGGUAUCUUCUUAGUUAGUAAGAUACUAGCUGAGACUGAAGCGUUGCGAAGACUCAUCAAAUCAAACACCAUUUUUUGGCCGGGUUGAAGGGAAGGAAAAAAGGGAAUAAUUAAAAAAAAUGCAAUAUAGAGGAUGACAAGACUAAUUCGGGUGUUACCUGCAUCUAUGACAUAAAUGCGACCGUGUUGGUGCAAGUUAGCUGCAUGUCUUCCGAUGGAUCGACUUCCAACGAGUUUGAUAGUCCUGGUUAUAUCUUGACUCUAUACUAUUUGUCUAACUAUAAUUCUAAUACUAAAUUUUUAGGUUCUCUUGAUCGAAGGAUUCUUAAAGGAUAAGUUGACCAAAAACUAUUCAAUUAUUCUCCACUUAUACAUAAUAUUUAUAAUUUAUUCAUAUGUUAUUCA